AAGAUGCGUUCAGAGUGAAAGAGGAAGAGGAUGUUACAGUAAAAGAAGAGGAGGAAGAGAAAGAGGAGGAUGCAGACUGUCACAUCUAAAAUGGAGGAGGAAACUGGAUAUCUGAGCCCGGUUUCCCAAAAGCAACUCAAGGCGUCCAAUGGUUUUAACGGUGAACUUAGCCGUAAGAUGGUUUUGAGAAACCGUUCCCUGAUUAACACUAGAGAGAGACCUGACUAUCGGGGAUCAUCUGGAGAGCCUCAACAACAUCAUGAAGCUGACGAGGCAGAGGAGAGUCCCCCCAGAUCAGAACACCUCAAGAAACACCAGCGGAAACCCACAAGGAAGAAAUCUCACCACUGCUCUGACUGUGGGAAGAGAUUCACCUCUUCAACAGACCUUAAAAGACAUCAGAGAAUCCAUACAGGAGAGAAACCUUAUAGCUGUGAUCAAUGUGGGAAGAGUUUUAGAGUUACAAGCAGCCUGAAAGCACACCAGAAAACACACACAAGAGAGAAAUCUUAUAGUUGUGAUCAAUGUGGGAAGAGUUUUGUUACAUCUAGCAUUCUGACUACACACCAGAGAACACACACAGGAGAGAAACCUUAUAGCUGUGAUCGGUGUGGGAAGAGUUUUACUACAUCUAACCAACUGACUAUACACCAGAGAAUACACACAGGAGAGAAACCUUACCACUGCUCUGACUGUGGAAGGAGUUUUGUUUCUUCCCAAUAUUUAAAAUCACACAAGAGAACACACACAAUAGCGAAACCUUACCACUGCUCUGACUGUGGAAAGAGUUUUGUUUCUUCACAAUAUUUAAAAUCACACCAGAAAACACACACAGGAGAGAAGCCUUAUAGCUGUGAUCAAUGUGGGAAGAGAUUUAGUCACUCAAGCAACCUGAUGGUACAUUUGAGAAUGCACACUGGAGAGAAACCUUAUAGCUGUGAUCAAUGUGGCAAGAGUUUUACUUCAUUUAGCCAGCUGACUAUACACAAGAGAACACACACAGGAGAUAAACCUUACCACUGCUCUGACUGUGGAAAGAGUUUUGUUUCGUCCCAAAAUUUAAAAUCACACGAGAAAACACACACAGGAGAAAAGCCUUAUAGCUGUGAUCAAUGUGGGAGGAGUUUUACUCACUCAAGGAACAUGAUAUCACACCAGAGAACACACACAGGAUAGAAAUCUUGUGGCUGUAAUCAAUGCAAGUUCGAAUCCCGGUGCUGACAUGGUACAAAUCUGUCGUUCUGCCCCUGAACAAGGCAGUUAACCAUCUGUCGUUCUGCCCCUGAACAGGCAAUUAACCCACUGUUCCUAGGCCGUCAUUGAAAAUAAGAAUUUGUUCAUAACUGGCUUGCCUAGUUAAAUAAAGGUGAAAUUAAAUACACGUUUUGGAAGAUGUUUACUCAGGCAAACAUCCUGAUAGCCCACCAGAGAACACACAGAAAAAUCUUAUAGCUGUGAUCAAUGUGACAAGAGAUACUCUGAUAAAAGAUCUCUGAUUAAACAUCAUAAAAUACAUGGAGUUGUUUCAUGAUAUCAAUGAAAUGAUGUCACAAUGUAGAAUGUUUUAACAUUGUAGUAGGAGUAUUUUAAUGAUGUCACAAUGUAGAAUGUUUCAACAUUGUAGUAGGAGUGUUCUAAUGAUGUCAUAAUGUAGAAUGCUUUAACAUUGUAGUAGGAGUAUUUUAAUGAUGUCAUAAUGUAGAAUGCUUUAACAUUGUAGUAGGAGUAUUCUAAUGAUGUCAUAAUGUAGAACCCUAAACGUUUGCCCCCCUGUUCUAUUGAUUUCAGCAUGAUAUGGAUAUUAGCCUCAUUGAGAAAAGUACAGGCUCUGAAUUGAAAGAGUACUAUUUAUAUGAUUAACAUAAACACAAAGUGUAGCGUUUCACUUCCCGCGUUGGCGACCUACUUGAAUCAAACUGACACGCUUUAAAAUGUAGCGAGCUGUUUUCUACAAAUUGACCUCUAAACAGUGAUGUACACAUUAUUCCCACAUUCCGUGUGUUGUUUGAGCUGUUUUAACAGGACGUGAAACCUCAGCUCUCCCCUCUCGCGCAAUUGAUUUCAACGCGAUAUCGAUAUGAGUGGUGAUGAAUAGGUGUUGCGUUUCUCUUAGUUUUGGGGACCCCUAGAUUUAAAUGCAUCACUCCAAAAUGUAGCUGACUGUUUUCUGCAGGUUGUCGUCUAACCAGUGAGGUAAAAGAUAUCUCCCAUUUCCAUGUGUUUGUUUAAGUUGUGUUAGUUUCAACAGCACUUACAACCUGAUUUCCCCUAAUUGAUAUCAGUGAUGUAUUUGCUACUUGUCAAAACAACAGCGUUGUUGGUACUUGUGCAGUUUAUAAGGUGCUCGUUUAAAAAAAAAUACAAGAGAUGUGAUUAACAUGUGGAACAUGUUUGUUUCGAUAGUAAAUGUUAUGUUUAGGUUUUCAAUGUAUCACAAACUGUUUCUGCAUAUUGGUUGUUGAUUUUUACACGUUCAAAUUGUUUUGACAUCAAAAUGUUGUUGAAAAGACGUUGAAAAUGAGACUAUUAUGCCCGACGACCAAUCUACGUUCGGUUUUGGUUGAAAGUCGAAAAAAAAAAAUUCAGGUGAUUGUUUCAAUGACAACAAAACAACUAAAUUUCAACGUACUUGCAGCCUAUACAUAUGGAUGCAGUUUAAUUUUUAAAACUUGGACCAACUUAUGAACCAUUUUUUUAAACAAUCCUACAUCACUCCAGCAUUAACACAUAGUAUUUCUUUACAACAUUAUAGUGCUAAUUGUCUUUAUUCCACUACUGAAGAAGCAUGUCUCAAAUCACCUCAUAUUUCAAACAUUCAGCCUGACAAAAUAUAUAUGUUUUAUUAUUCCAUGCCUCACCAUUAAGUGAAUUAUUGCCAAUACAUAUUAAUUAACAAAUGAGUUAUUCGGUUUUUAUAUUUCAUAAUAUUUCAAUGUCAUGAAACAUUUAGUAAUCACAAUUUAUGCGACUAACUGAAUUUUUAUUGGUACAAUUAUAUUGUUUACUAACAAUGUAGUAAAACUAGUUUAUAUUUCUGGUUGUAUUAUAUUUCUGGCUGAAAUGACAUUUUAAUCAAUGUCAUUUCCUUAGAAUGAUCAUUAGUCUCACUUUUAUUGUUAUUCUUUAGUUUUUCCCUUAUGUUUGUUGUGUUGUAAAUAUUUCAGUUUUUAUUUUCAUAGUUUUUUUUUAUUACGCAUUGUGUUGCAUCCAUGUCUGAAAUGUGCUGUAUAAAUAAAGCUUGAUUUGAUUUGAACAUAUUGCAAAACAAAUUAACCCAAUGGCUGACC